GGAAGAAGGAUUAAAAUAAAGGGCACAACAUGGCCUCAGCAGAUAUAUUACAAUACUACAGCAACACUACAACAAAAACAGAGGCAACAGCAACACAAACACUUCCAACAACAACAGCAUAUGUUCAGCAUUGUUUCGCGCAACACACUUCCGGCAUACAAGCGCCAGAGGCAUACAUCCUCGCCAACGAGCGGAAACAAUUUAAAGACGAGGCAUCAGCAAAAUCAGCAUCAACAGAAGCAACAAAAACCAACGCCUCAACAGAAAUAUCGAGCCUAUUGUCAUCGCAUCGUCAACCCUCACUUACCGUUGUCGAGUACUCUUCGAUUCAAUGCGAAUUGGGCACAAAACACCAGAAUACAGGAACAACGAAUGAGAAGCAACAUUCUAAGAGCGACCAGAUAUUGCGAAAAUCCUUACAACAGAGUCCGCCACAGUUACAUUUGCAGUCAUUACAAAGGAGUGAAAAGGGAUAUCACUUUAUCGCAUCGCCAUCAAUAUGGAAAACAACUGCUGCCAGGAAACAACCAAACUCAAGCGAAGCGAAGUCAUUGCUGCCGCAAAAUCAAAAGUAUUGCAAAGGCAAAGAUGAUAUUGAAAAUCACCGCUUUGUGGAAGGUUUGCAAAGAGGCAGAAGUAAAAGCGAAUGUUCAGCACAUUGCAGUGGUUACAGUGAGAUACCAGGAGAGAGGCCUCAAAAACAAAAACAACAACGAAUGCACCAAAGAUGCCAUUCGGAAAGUAGAAGGAGAAAAAUCAAAGGAUUUGCAAACAUGUCAAACGCAGCAGCAACUGGUAGCGAGUUGCAACGACAACAAAAAGAUUAUAUCCAGCAACAAAUCUCUAUUGUCGGUAAUGGCGAUAUUGCUAGUAGUGUGGCUGCAGGCGCUUGUAAACUGUGUAGAGGUGGUUGUGAGCACAUUACACAACAAACACAGAACAACAAAAACAAAAGCAAAACCAAAAGCUACCAAUCAGGGAAAACGAAAUGCAAGAAAAAGUACAAUGUGGACGCUUGCUGCCAAGCAGCUAGCGGGUGUGGCUGCUAUUGUAAUCCGUCUGACGCUUUCUCAUGCUUACGCCAAUCUUCCAGAAAUGUUAAUGACAACAAACAACAAAAACAACUACAACAUGCCAGUCAAUCGAAUGACUCUAAAGCACAUUUUUCACAACUAUUUGCCGGCAGCUAUUGCUCAUACAAUGCAACGCCUCAGCUAUCGAAACAGAUUGAAGCUUCUACAACAAUACCAUUGCUACUACAGCCCACAACAGUUGCAUGUGCAACAGUCGAACAACGAAGUAUCUUUCAUUAUAAAAACCACCACAGCAUUUGUAGUUGCAACAGGUGCGCUGUCGGCGAGCUUUGUGACGGAGUGGCGUCCGCUGCUGCUGGCUUUGUUAAUGGUGUUGCUGCAACCACGACUACUAAACCUUUUCUAUCUACAAUGCGUUGCUCUAUGCGUACGAAAUUUACGGUGGCUCUGGCUGAUCUCCAGUCAUUCUCACGCGCUCUAUUCUCGCUCAUCAUCAUCUUUAAUAUGCUGCCAUUAUUCUAUGCAGAAUGUGACCAGACAUUCGUUUCGCGCAUUGGUGGCCCACAGAAUGGCACAUUCUCCGCUCCGUUGCUGCACAAUCACAAAAAUCAUUCGCGUCAGUGCUUGUACACCUUCCUAGCAGGACCCGGACAACGAGUCGAAGUACUAUUUACAUCAUUUAAUUUAAGAGGAAGUCCACCAGACGGCUCUGCCGUCGGUGAAUUACCAGCCUGUGUUCACGAGUACAUGGAUAUAUAUUCCGAAGUGCAAUCAUCAGAUCCAGCUGAACUAAUAAAUUCACCAUUUGGUGGACGAUAUUGCGGCACAAUACCGCCACGACGACGUAUCUCCAUGUACCGAGCUAUAGCCAUUUCAUUUUUUACCAACAAAAAUGUAUCAACACCCGAUUUAUUCGAAGGGACUUAUAGAUUUAUAAAUGCAUCUGAAUAUGAAAUUGGUAUACCAAUAGCGGGUUCACCAUGUUCCUACACCAUCACGCCUAGCAUGAGUAUUAACAAAACGGGGGCACUAAUAUCGCCAACCUAUCCGGGUGCCUAUCCAAAGGAUAUGUCAUGCACAUAUCAAUUUCUCGGCGAAUCGAAUCAAAGAGUUAGAUUAGAAUUUCGUGAUUUUGAUCUAUUUUUUGGUGGACCACACUGCCCAUUUGACUAUGUCAAAGUGUACGAUGGUCCCGACAAUUCGUCAGCAUUAAUUGGUACAUAUUGCGGACAGCAAAGGAAUUUAGUUUUAUACUCAAGCGAAUCGAGCCUUUUUGUUCACUUUUAUACAUUGCCGAGAACAGCAAAUACCCAAAAUCGUGGCUUUAAAGGAAUUUAUGAAUUUAGCGAAAGUUUUGUUAAAUUAGAUUUUAUACGUGAAAAUGAUGGCAUUCACAUACGUGGCUCGGAAUGUGAUCAGAAAAUAUUAUCGAGGAAGGAGUCAACGGGCUUUGUAUUGUCACCGAAUUACCCUUAUCCAUACAUACCGAAAACUGUUUGUAGGUACUUCAUUUAUGGUAUGCAAGAUGCUCAGCAUCUAGAACGAGUACGUCUUGAAUUCUCUGCUUUCAAUAUACCUAAGGUAGAGCACAAGGAUAAAAGCGAAUCUAAUUGCACGGAUGGUUAUCUGAAGAUCUACCUGAAAGGACAAGAAACUGCCGAUGCCUACGACAAAUUCGACUAUGAAUUGUGUGGCAAUGAAACACAGCGAGUGCUCAGUGAUGGACCGCGCUUAGCGAUGGUUUUCAGUUCCGGCGAGCUGCAAGGACGCGGUUUCAAGGGUAAAUAUACUUUUGAAACCGAAUACAAAAUACCUGGCACAGCAGCACCAGACGGCACAUGUAGCUUCACAUAUGUGAGCAAUUCGAAGAAACGCGGCGAAUUCAAUAGUCCUCGCUAUCCAUCCAAUUAUCCAUCGGACACGAAUUGUUCGUAUCUCUUUCUAGGCGAACCAAAUGAGCAGGUCACGAUUGUCUUCGAUCAUUUUAAAAUAAAAGCGGAUGGUAACUCAAAUGCCACUGCGGGAGCUUAUGGCUCUGGCGCUUGCUUUGAAGACUGGCUGGAAAUGUAUGUUGUAUAUCGUGAUAACAACGAUCGUUUUCUUGGUCGCUACUGUGGUCUGACAGCACCCGGCCCCGUAGAGAGCCCUAGGGGUGCAGUGGGUCUGCGCAUCACAUUGCAUACGGAUCAAGAAAAUGUAGCUAGCGGUUUCAAAGCACGCUACUUCUUCGAAACGCCACGUUCCGAUGUUGGCGAGUGUGGCGGAAAUUUUUCCAAUCAAGAUUCUGGUAUUAUCACCUCACCUAACUAUCCAGCUGGAUAUAAGGCGCCUGGUCGUGGCAUGGCAUCGAUGGCAUGCAAUUGGAUAAUGACCGCACGUCCGGGAUAUAAGUUAUCGAUAAAUUUUGAACACUUUUCAAUCGAGGGCGAUCCAGCAAGUCGUGGCUGUCCUGCUGCUGUAUUGCGUCUUUGGUUAAAUAUCGAUUCGGAUCAACCGCCAAUGGAAUUGUGUGGGGAGAAAACACUAAUCGAACAGUGGUAUCAUAUUUCCACUGGACAAACUGUUCGUAUCAGUUUCACAACCAGCGAUAAAACCGUUGGUGCACCGGGCUUCCGCAUUGUAUGGACUGAAAUACAAGACUACAAGACUGGACCGCCGUCCACUGGUCUACUCUGCGAAUCAACAUACCACUUCCAAUGCGAGGAGGGCUACUGCAUUUCUGAUAAACUACGCUGCGAUGGCGUCAAAAACUGUAGUCCCGGUGAUGAUAGUGACGAAUUGCACUGUGAGUCGCGACGGAAAUACACCUCUGAUGCCAUCAUUAAUACAACUUAUUGGUUUAGCAAUUGGUGCGAUUCGAUAUUUACAAUUCUAAGUAGUUUUAUAUGCUACGACCGAAAAUGAGUGCAUAUAAAAUGUUUUUUUUUUUUUUGUUUAAUAAAAGAUAAAUUAAGAAAGCGAAUUUCUAAAAAUUGCUAAAUCAACUCAAGCGAAGACACAAUAAAAAAAUGCUUACCAAGUCACACUACGCUGAAAAAAUGAAAAUCAAUGUCGCAUUAAGUUUAGUGUAGUUUGUUGAAUUUGUAAAAGUCAAUGAAAAAACAUUUUUCGCAUACAAACAAGACAUCUUUGAUUCAGAAACACGUGAGUCUUUUCAGAUACUAACAACUUAACAAAGCAAUUUUUUUUUUUAAUUCAUUAUCUUAUAACAUACUUAUCUAUCGAUUUCUAUAUAACCAAUGAACACUGCGAACGUUAUUCCCUUUUACACAGAUAUUCCAUUAGAUAUCAUAAGACACCCUUCACUCAUCAUUUUUGUACGCAUCGUAAAAAGCUUUGAGGAACUCCCCGCUGUUGUAGUUAUUAGUUAGUAUUUUGGAGUCAGCAAGGAAACUUAUUGAAUGCGUUUUACAAGUAACUACUGCUGAUUUUCAUUUCAAGACCAUUUCGCAUUAUCAUCGACUUAAUCAUAAAUAUCCAAAGUAGUUACCGAAAACAUCCGCCCAUAAGUUACGCUCUAAAAACUACUAAUUUUCUUUGUCUAACUAUAAGUAUAUUUAUGAUAGUCAUUUUCGUUUUUUUUUUGUUAUCACAUAAAAGGUGCGGCUAAUAAGUGCCUUAAGCCUUAAAUAACAAAGAAAAACGUUUUAUUUUUAGUUAAUCCUUAAAUAGCGAUGUGCCUUAACAAGCAUUCCUCCAAUUUGUUGAAGUCUUUUAAAUGAUCUCUUUGAUCCCUUUGAUGACCCGAGCCUUUUACUUCACUCAAUAAAAUUAACUAAAUAAUAUUUUAUUUCUUAUUUACAUACAUAUGCACCUACUUGUAGCUAGCAAAGUGUCAAAAAGCGUGGCUUUGCGGAUUCUGCUAAAAUGUUUGUUCGGUAAAAUGUUUGCUUAAGACGCAAAAUCCCUGAAAUGGGCAUGGCAGUUUUAGGACUAAAGUUAGAUUAGGUAGUUGCGGUCAUCAAUAAUUGCCACUUAGGCUCAGCGCUCAUUGUAAUACCGCAUGUAGGGUUAGCAAUUC